AUGCAAGAUCGUCUCACUGUUAUCUGGGUACUGUUGCGCCUGCAACGGUUCGUUGGACUGUGGGGUGACCGUCAGUAUCGGUACAAGUUCCGGCUAGCCUUCGCUAGUUUUUGUAUUCUGGUCGUUAUUCCUAAGCUAGCGUUUGGUUAUCCUGAUCUCGACACCACCAUUCGGGGUACCGCCGAGCUGAUCUUUGAGUGGAACGUCCUGUUUGGAAUGCUGCUGUUUUCCUUCGAGUUGGACGUGUACGAUGAGAUGGUUAAUCUUUUCACAGAGUUAGCUAAGCUAGUGUUUAGUGACCAAGUUCGUCCGGAACUUGGGAACUAUCUGAUGUAUAUCAACCGUCGGAUUGAUAAGUUUUCAAAGAUCUACUGCUGCAGUCAUUUCUGUUUGGCCACCUUUUACUGGGUCGCACCGCUCUCCAGCACCUACUCGGCGUAUUUGAGUGCACACAACGAGUCGAUUCCCGUGGAACACGUGCUACACCUGGAGGAAGAGCUGUACUGGCUAAAGAACCGGGUUUCGCUAACCGAUUACUCUAUCUUCACCGUCAUCAUGUUGCCAACAAUUUUCAUGCUAGCGUUCUUCGGUGGCUUGAAGCUGCUGACCAUCUUCAGCAAUGUAAAAUACUGCUCGGCCAUGCUACGCCUCGUUGCGAUGCGUAUUCAGCUUAUGGAUCAGUUGGAGGAGAACCGUGUGGAACGGGAAUUGCUUGAGAUCAUCACGAUGCACCAGAAAGCGCUGAGAUGCGUUGAGCUACUAGAAGUAAGCUUUCGAUGGGUUUUCCUCGGCCAAUUCAUUCAGUGUGUCAUGAUAUGGUGCAGCCUGGUGUUGUAUAUAACAGCUACGGGUAUAAGUACUAAGGCGGCCAAUGUAGGCAUUCUCUUUAUCCUGCUCACGGUCGAAACAUAUGGCUUUUGUUACUUUGGAACGGACCUUACUUCGGAGGUACGCGUUCUACUUUCCCUCAGCGUAGCACGUGCAGUCACGGACAGCUUAUGGUACCGACGAUCGGUUUCAGUGCAAAGGAAGCUCCGGAUGGUAUUGCAGAGAGCCCAGAAGCCGCUAGGAAUUUCGGCUGGAAAGUUUUGCUUUGUCGAUGUUGAGCAGUUCGGUAAUAUGGCUAAAAUGUCCUACUCAUUCUACAUUGUGCUCAAGGAUCAGUUUUAA